UACUUGGUUCGUCCCCGUCUCGUCUCAUCCCCUUCCUUCUUCCCCACCCAACCCGGCGGCCUUUAUACUGCUACGACCUUUUUGAUUAGUAAUUCUUCUCCUUCUUCUCGUACGAAAGGGCGCCGAUUGCGACCACGCGUCCUCCUCCGCCCGCCGCCGCAGCGCAUUCCCCCCGCCGCCGCCCACCUCGGGGACGCCCCGGUCGGCGAUGUGGCGGCGCCAUGCUGGGCCCGCUCCUCAGGUUCCUCUCGGCGUGCGGCGGGGCCAACUGGCAGCAGACCUCGCCCGCCGCGGCGGGGGCGGCGGCCCCCUCCUCCGCCGCGGCGGGGGACCCGGCCUCUGAGGGCCGCGACGGGCUCCUCUGGUGGCGCGACCUCGCGGGCUGCGGCGCCGGGGAGCUCUCCGUCGCGCUCGUCCAGGCCAACCAGACGCUCGAGGACCAGUGCCGCCUCGACUCCGCCCCGCCCCUCGGCACCUUCGUCGGCGUCUUCGACGGCCACGCGGGCCACCACGCCGCCCGCUUCGCCUGCGACCACAUCGUCCCCAACCUCCGAGAGGCCGCGUCCGGCCCGAGGGGCGUGACGGCGGACGCCAUCAGGGACGCGUUCGCGGCCACGGAGGAAGAGUUCAUCGCGCUCGUGUCGCGCCUGUGGGAGACCCAGCCGGACGUUGCUACCGCCGGGUCGUGCUGCCUCGUCGGUGUCGUGCACGACCGGACGCUCUUCAUCGCCAACCUCGGUGACUCCCGGGCUGUCCUGGGGAGGAAGGCCGGGCGCACGGGGCAGAUCGUCGCGGAGCAGCUCUCCAGUGAGCACAAUGCCAAUGACGAGGCUGUCAGGCAGGAGCUCAUGGCCCAGCACCCCGAUGAUCCACAGAUUGUCGCGCUUAAGCAUGGGGUCUGGAGAGUGAAGGGCAUCAUACAGGUGUCGAGAUCAUUAGGUGAUGCGUACUUGAAAGACACGCGGUAUAACACAGAACGGAUCAAACAGAAGUUCAGAGUUUCUGAACCAUUCAGCAGACCUAUAAUGAGUGCCACCCCGUCUAUUAUCUCACGCAAUCUUCAACCAAGCGACUGUUUCGUCAUAUUUGCCUCAGAUGGCUUGUGGGAACACUUGAGUAACCAGGAAGCCGUUGAGAUUGUUCACAGCAAUCAACGCGCAGGAAGUGCAAGAAGGCUCAUAAAAGCAGCUCUCCAAGAAGCAGCGCGGAAACGUGAGAUGCGUUACUCAGACCUCAUAAGGAUUGACAAGAAGGUUCGCAGGCAUUUCCAUGACGAUAUCACUGUCAUCGUCUUAUUCAUAGAUCACAACCUGUUGGUGAAAGGAAAUGCGCAGUACUUGUUGGAUUGGAGGUUCCUUUUGUGUUUUCAUGUAGUAGACAGAUUCCUUAGGGGGUUAAAGUUUUGCUGCUUUUGACAGUCCUGGACAGAACAGCGUAAAUCUCUGACUGCAAAGAGGAAGGUUGAGCUGACCAAUCUUCUAAACAAAAGGACUAAAAGGAGGAGGCUUCCUAGUACUAUCACAAUUGAUUCCAUCCAUGAGAAGAACUUCCUUUCUCCCAAGAGUGUCCUUGAAGCAGUCGUCAUCGAUGUUUUCAUUCUUCCUGGUACAAAAAUAUACAUGCUUACCUUGGGAGACAUGUGGAGUACAUCCACUAUUGAUCUAUAUCUACACCGAAGGUACUAUAAUUAUAUAGGGCAAAAUUGUACCUUGAAGAAGGGUCGUGAAGUUGUGCUCACUGGAUGUUGUCUUCGCACAGCUGUGGAGGGAUCUGGCCGUGCUCGUAUUUUGCCAACAGAAUACAUGGUGAUAUUACUUGAUGAGGAUGAAGAUGAAGAUGCCAUGUUACUUGGUGUACAGUUUUGCACGUAUUCUUUCUCCUCUAUGAAGGAAGAGAAAAGUAGAAAUGAUGUUGUAUACUCAUUUUAUGCAAGGAUUGAGAAGAUUGAGUCCUUGGAACCUUUUGGAUGUACGGAAAGAAAGCAGAUUGUACUUGUAGACACUGAUGGUGGGAAGAUAAAAUUUAUUCUAUGGGGAGAGCAGGUUUUGCUUGCGAAUCUUUUCAGUAUAGGGAGCAUGCUUGCACUGGAUAAUCCUUUCAUUGCAAAUCUUGUGGAUAGUAAUCAUGAGGAAUCUCAGGAAUUGUGCCUUGAGUAUGGUAGUGCAACACAGCUUUACUUGGUGCCAAUUGCUCAACACGAGGAACAGGUACUUCUCACACCUACUCCAGUAAGGAGCCAAGGACCUCGGCUGUCAUGUGUUCCAGUCGAUAAUAUGGCUUCACAAGUGACAUUAUCACGUGAUUUGCAUGGUUCAGUUGACUUCAGCAAAUAUCCGUUUCGAGUGUGUGUAAGUGAACUUCAUGAUAAAAUGGUGGGAGUUAGUCUGUUUGGCACCGUAACAAGUGCUUGCAAAGCAAGCACAUCUGGGACUACCUUUUAUUUGGAGAUAGAAGACAUAACAGGAGCUGUCUUGAUGAAGCUUGCCUUUACUGGACACUGGUCAUUAGGUAGAGUUGGAGUUGGUCAUAUGGUGUACAUCUCUGGUUUGGCUUGUACCUUGAGUGUAACAAAGACCCUUGAAGUGUCAUGGUGUGAAAAGGAGUCAGGAUCUCUGUUUGUUAACUUGAGCUUGCUGCCAGCGCUGCUGAAUUCAACAUGUCUUUAUAAUUUAUCACUCUUGUCAGACCUUCCCCAUUCAGCAAACAGAACACAUAUAUGCCGUGUCCGACUUGAUCACAUUGAUCGCAACAGUUUGAAGUUGUCGCUAUUCCACAAUCUCUGUGGCUAUGUUGUGAAUGAACUAUCAGAUGGACUGCUGCAGUGCUCCUUUUGUAAAGUUGCCUGUCAUAAUGGAUGCACACAUGGCUUUCAGUUGCACUUGACCAUUGCGGAUGACAGUGAAAAGGUCUUCGCAUGGUGUAAUGGGCAGACGGCUGUCGAGUUCCUUCAAAUAUCUCCUGAUGAAUAUAUGGAACUCCCCGAGGACGAGCGGAUGAUGUACCUCUUCACUCUCCAGAACGAGAGCUUCACGGUUGCCAUCGCAAACACCAACAAGCGGGGCGAUAUGUCCAGCUUGAGCAAGGAGGCCCUCCCCGUGUGGGAGAUCACAAGAGCCCAGAAAUGCGAUUGAGCUGGGUGUCGAGAGACUUGUAGAGGAAGAAUUUGCUAGGUGGCUGACAAGGAACGGUUUAUGUGGCAAAAGUUAGGUGACUUUGUAACGUUGUUUCCAACAGGUUUGAUCUGGAAAAAGAAAGCUAGCCUUUUAAUGACAUUGUUCUGUGGUGUGGCUGUGCCAUUCUCCUUCCUUGGUGGUUCCCUUGAGCCACUUCGGCCGUUGGGUAAACUCAAUACGCCUGUCGGUUUGAACGGUUAAACCCAAUGCAUCACUGUUCUGCGGUGGGCAGUGUAAUUAAUCACAACGCUGGCGAGAAGUCAGCUUCCCGCA